AACACAGCUUCAUGAAACGUGCCUAUCUAGAAUAGUGUGAAUGUAAUCAGUGUUUAAACCCUGCUGUGUCGUUGAGCCUUAACUGUUUGUCACUUGGUUUGAGCGUGUGAGCAUUUUGGCUAUCCUGCUGAACUGUGUGACUCUCGGGAUGUUCCAGCCCUGUGACCACACGCCCUUCCUGCUGCAGGCUCUGGAUGAUGGCAUCUUCGUGUUUUUCGCUGGGGAAAUGGUAGUGAAGAUGGUGGCCCUCGGGGUCAUAGGUCAAAGCGGUUACCUUGGCGACACAUGGAACAGAUUGGACUUCUUCAUUGUUCUAGUGGGAAUGCUGGAGUACUCCCUUGAUGGACACAACGUCAGCCUAUCAGCAAUCCGGACGGUCCGAGUUCUCCGCCCACUGCGAGCCAUCAACAGAGUCCCCAGUAUGCGUAUCCUGGUCACCCUUCUCCUGGACACACUCCCCAUGCUGGGCAACGUGUUGGCACUGUGCUUCUUUGUCUUCUUCAUCUUCGGCAUCGUUGGCGUACAGCUAUGGGCGGGGCUUCUAAGGAACCGCUGUUUCAUGGGAGAGGAAGUCAAGACGCGAUAUAACAUAUCCUUCCUGAGUGGCUACUAUCAGCCAGAUGGCACAGACGACCACCCCUUCAUCUGCUCAACAGAUAGAGAAAAUGGGAUGCUUAGGUGCUCCGAUGUUCCUCGUCGCCGUGUAGCCGGGGCUUUCUGCUUCCUGGGUGCUGAGGAGGCUCCUCCUGAGAUCGGACCUACAGUGGAUCAACCAGUGUCAUGUGUAAACUGGUACCAGUAUUACAACCAGUGUCGGGCCGGGGAAGUAAAUCCACACAAAGGGGCUAUUAAUUUUGAUAAUAUUGGAUAUGCCUGGAUCGCCAUUUUUCAGGUGAUUACUCUGGAGGGCUGGGUCGACAUCAUGUACUACGUCAUGGAUGCACACUCUUUUUAUAACUUCAUCUACUUCAUCUUUCUCAUCAUUGUGGGCUCCUUCUUCAUGAUCAACCUGUGCCUGGUCGUCAUUGCAACCCAGUUUUCUGAAACUAAGCAGAGAGAACACGCCUUAAUGAAAUCGGAGCAGCACGCCCGACAGCUCCACCAAUCAGCUUCCACUCUGGCCAGCGACAGCCAACCGGGAAGCUGCUAUGAGGAGAUCAUCCGCUACCUGGCUCACCUUGGCCGCAAAGCAUGUCGGCGGCUGUUGCGCUGCUAUGCUCAGAAACGCACACAAUUUCACUGUGUGUGUGUAUGCAAGAAAGACCGGGGCGUAGGAUCCGCAAGAGGGAGUGGAGUCGGGGAAAUGAACGGACUUGCCCACAGGCACUCAGGCCACGCCCCCAACAACCUGUCACACCUUCAUCAGCUCUAUCAUCAUCAUCAGCAGCAUCAUCAGCAGACUCAGCCCGCACAGUCGGAGCCGGGAGUCAGUAAUGGAGGGAAGGGUUUUAAUUAUCCGUUCAUAGCACCGCUCUUCAGUCACCUGGAUGCAAAGAACCAGGACCCGAAGAGGCCGGUUGCCAUGGAAACUGUCAACAGACUGCCUCAGCUGGUGGUGGAGCAUGGUGGGUGUGCUGGGCAUCCUGCUAUAACAUUGCCAGGUGAAGUCCCAGUAGAUUCCCCAGCAUGCCCGUACUGCAUGUACUACAACCAACUGGGCGACACUGAAAAUGUUCAUGAGCAGACUGAAGACCAGCAGCACGGGUACAACAACUCAUGCCCUGGCAACAGUCCUUGUCAUAGUAACAGCCCCUGCCAUUGUAGCAGCCCCUGUCAUGGUGAUGCACAGGUGUCUGAGCCAAAGAAAAGGCUGUUGGAGCGUUGCUGGGCGGGACCCCGAACCAAACUCGAUCUCAUUGUUGGCAGCAGAUACUUCAACAGAGGAAUCAUGAUUGCCAUCCUUAUAAACACACUGUCAAUGGGCAUUGAGUACCACGAACAGCCGCAGGAGCUGACAGAUGUUUUGGAGAUCAGCAACAUGGUGUUCACAAGUCUGUUCAGUUUGGAGAUGCUGCUGAAGGUCAUGGCUCUUGGGCUCUUUGGAUACCUCAAGAACCCCUACAACGGCUUCGACAGCGUCAUUGUCAUCAUCAGUGUGUGGGAGAUUGUUGGUGAGGCAGAGGGAGGCUUGUCUGUGUUGCGUACCUUCCGACUGCUGAGAGUUUUGAAGCUGGUCCGGUUCCUUCCAGCACUGAGGAGGCAACUGGUUGUGCUGAUGAAGACAAUGGACAAUGUGGCCACGUUCUGCAUGCUGCUGAUGCUCUUCAUAUUCAUAUUCAGUAUCCUUGGUAUGCAUCUGUUUGGCUGUAAGUUUGGUUUGCAGCAGAACAGUGGAGACACUUUACCUGACAGGAAAAACUUUGACUCUCUGCUGUGGGCGACCGUCACCGUGUUUCAGAUCCUCACCCAGGAGGACUGGAACGCAGUGCUGUAUAACGGGAUGGCCUCCACCACACCGCUGGCUGCACUCUACUUCGUCGCCCUCAUGACCUUCGGCAACUACGUCCUCUUCAACCUGCUAGUUGCCAUUUUGGUGGAGGGCUUUCAAGCCGAAGGAGAUGCAAACAGAUCUGAGGCAGAUGAAGAGAGACAAUCUCUCUCUUACGAGGAUGAGGAGAAGUUGAGAGAACUCUACGCUGCAGAGCUCAAAAUACAAGCAAUGAUGUUGAGCCCCAAUGGUCUCCUGAACCCAAAAGCCUCCAUGCCCCCCCCUCAACAGCCUCCUCUGCCCGUCAUCACUCACACUGCAGCCACGCCCACCAUAAACUCCAGCCAGUCACGCCGGGCGAGCGCUGCUUCCAUGGAGAUCAACAGCAUUGAGCGGAGGUCAACGCUGUCUUCACAGUCUCUGUGGGACAGCGGGCCUGAGAGCCGUCGCUCCAGCUGGACCAGCAUAGGCCGAGCCCCCAGCCUCCACAGGAAGAGCCAGUCAGGAGAGAUGGAGUCCCUGCUGUCUGACACGCACACCAGCUCCAUCUCGAGCAGCAGGGAGCAGUCUCUGGACCAGCCCGAGUACCUGCAGGUUCCCAUGCUCCACCAGGCUGACUGCAACGGCACCUCCUUUCACCCUUCUGACCACUGCUAUGACGACGCUCCGCUAACCACACAUUACAACAGUGACCAGGAGGACGAGGAGAUUGAGGAGAGUUUAUGUAAGAAGCUGAAGAAGAUUCUGGAGCCAUAUGAACCACAGUGGUGCCUGGAGCAUGAAGAGUGGGCUCUCUAUCUGUUUUCUCCAAACAACCAUUUCAGGCAGUGGUGUCAGAAGAUCAUAGGUCACAAGAUGUUUGAUCACAUCAUCCUCCUCUUCAUCUUCCUGAAUUGCAUCACCAUUGCUCUCGAGAGGCCCGACAUACAGCCCAACAGCAUGGAGCGCGUGUUCCUCAGUGUGUCCAAUUACAUUUUCACUGUGAUCUUCGUGGGUGAAAUGAUGAUCAAGGUGGUAGCUAUGGGGUUGUACUUUGGAAAGGGUGUGUACCUGCAGAGCAGCUGGAACAUUUUAGAUGGAGUUUUGGUGUUUGUGUCUCUUGUGGACAUCCUGGUCUCCAUCGCAUCAGCUGGCGGUAAUCGAAUCCUAGGCAUCCUCCGAGUGCUCCGUCUACUCCGCACACUGAGGCCACUCAGGGUGAUAAGUCGAGCUCCUGGUCUAAAACUGGUGGUGGAAACUCUGAUCACAUCCCUCAGACCCAUCGGGAACAUCGUCCUUAUCUGCUGUGCUUUUUUCAUCGUGUUUGGAAUUCUGGGGGUUCAGCUCUUUAAAGGGAAGUUCUUCUACUGUGACGGGCUUGAUGUGAGUAACAUCACCAACAAAACCCAGUGCCUGGAGGAAGGACACCGCUGGGCUCGACGGAAAUACAACUUUGACAACCUGGGACAGGCGCUGAUGUCACUCUUUGUGCUGUCAUGUAAAGAUGGCUGGGUCAGCAUCAUGUAUGAUGGUCUGGAUGCUGUCGGAGUGGACCAGCAGCCAAUAAGAAACAACAACCCUUGGAUGCUGCUUUUUUUCAUCUCUUUCCUGCUCAUUGUCAGCUUCUUUGUGCUCAACAUGUUCGUGGGCGUGGUGGUGGAGAACUUUCACAAGUGUCGGCAGGAGCAGGAGGAGGAGGAGGCACGGCUGAGGGAGGAGAAACGUCAGAAGCGGUUGGAGAAAAGGAGAAGAAGGGCCCAGGAGAAGCCGUACUACGCCGACUACUCCCCACUGCGUCGGUCCAUCCACACCGUGUGCACAAGCAGCUACAUGGAUCUCUUUAUCUGCGCCAUCAUCUUCACAAACCUCCUCACCAUGAGCAUGGAGCACUACAACCAGCCUAAGUACCUCGAGGAGAUUCUGAAGUACUGCAAUUAUGUCUUCACCGUGGUUUUUGUCAUCGAGGCCAUUCUCAAGCUCAUCGCUUUUGGCCUGCGCCGCUUUUUCAAAGAGAGAUGGAACCAGCUGGACCUCGCCAUUGUGUUGCUGUCCAUUAUGGGAAUCACGCUGGAGGAAAUAGAAAUGAAUGCCUCCCUGCCCAUCAACCCCACCAUCAUACGCAUUAUGAGAGUCCUAAGAAUAACAAGAGUGCUGAAGCUGUUGAAGAUGGCUACAGGAAUGAGAGCUCUGUUGGACACAGUCAUGCAAGCUCUGCCUCAGGUGGGGAAUCUGGGUCUGCUCUUCAUGUUGCUGUUCUUCAUCUAUGCAGCUCUGGGAGUUGAGCUCUUUGGAAAACUGGAGUGUUCAGAAGAAAACCCGUGUGAGGGUCUUAGUCGCCAUGCUACUUUUGACAACUUUGGCAUGGCUUUCCUCACACUCUUCAGGGUGUCUACCGGGGACAACUGGAAUGGGAUUAUGAAGGACACAUUACGAGAGUGUCGCCCUCAGGAGCGCCAUUGCCUCACCUACCUCCCCCUGAUCUCCCCUGUGUACUUCGUCACCUUCGUCCUUACGGCUCAAUUCGUGCUGGUCAACGUGGUUGUUGCUGUACUGAUGAAGCACCUGGAGGACAGCAACAAGGAAGCACAGCUGGAGGAGAUGGAGGAGAGGGAAGAGAAGCGAGAGAUGGAAGAGAAGAAGGAGAGGGAAGAGAGGAGGGAGAGAGAGGAGGCCAACCGACGGCACAGCAUGGCGUCUCUGGGCGGAGAUCUACAGGGCCCAAACGCAGACAUACCUGCCCAGGUGGAGGAUGAGGAGUGUUCCCAUGGCAACUUGCAGAGCAUGGGACGCAUGCUGUCUCUCCCCAGCGACAGCUAUGUUCAGCCUCUCAGAUGCUCCCCCUAUCCUCCCAUUGGCCAGGAGUCCUACUCCAUCUACAGCUACUCAGGAUCCAUGUCGUCUCUGGGCUCCAGCGGAGGUGGCUCACUGCUGCAGGUUCCCGGUGCUCUGCCCACCAUCAGCCACGCCUCACUGGGCUCUGGACGCAGCAUGAGGCCGAAGAUUUUCCUCAGCACCUCUCAGAGUAUCGACAGACACUCUUCACACAGGCUGAGUCCGGCCAACAGCAUAGAGGGAUGCAGGUUGAGCCCGGCUCACAGAAUAAACAGACUCAACUCAGCACACAGUAUCGAUGGAUACAAGUUCAGCCCGGCUCAUCGGAUUAACAGACAGAGACUGAGCUCGACUCGCAGUAUGGACGGAUACAGACUGAACCCAGACCACAACACAGACAGACCCACACUCCUCUCCAGCCACAGUAUAGACAGACACGCCUCACUCAGACUAAGUCCCACGUACAGUGCCAGCAGAAGCCCUUCUCAUUGGCUCAGUCCUGAAGACAGUUUGGACAGAAACAUGCUUAGUCCGUCCUAUGUUCCCGAAAACUCCGCCUUAAGGAGACCGCCGUCCUUCCGCUCUUUAAGCAGACAGCUACAGAGACAGGAGGCAGUACGCUCUGACUCUGUGGAUCAGAGCGGCUCAGCUGACGAUCUGGCAGAGACUCACCUUACUGUUCCAGCUGUCUCUUCUACACCGCAACGCCAGCGAUCUUCCAGCGUACACACACUGAAAUACGCACACGCCCAGAGGGUCAUCUCAUGCAGGAGCCACAGCCGCAGCCACAGUGAAAGCACUGGGCAGGAACACGUACCUGAGCCGGCCAUCUGCGACUCUGAAACAGAUGUGGAGAAGAGGCCCGUCAGCCAGCAGAGCCUGUCCAGUCUGAAGGUCCCAAGCGGCGACUCCACAUUAUCAGCCCCGCUCUGUAGCUCCAGGGCAGUGAGCCCCGGUCCCAGCUCAGCCCCCAGCCCCCAUUCAGAUGCUGCCGAUGAGGAAGUGAGCAGUAUAAACAGUUCUGUUCACACACACUUACACACACAAACUCCAGCAGGCUCCUCACACAAAAGCAGACACCUUUCUCCGAGCCCCGGGGAGCACCGGUGCCGCCUCAGCCAAUCAGUGUCUCCGGUGUCCAGCAGGAACAAGAAGCAUAGGAUGAGUCCGCCGCCAGGAGAGGAGCCUGUUACUAUAGCAACCCAGCUGAUGGACAGCAGUGUUGAGCUGAGAAGGCGGACUCUGUCCUUCGAUGCCACAACCCUCUCUCCUAAUCAACCAGAGGGAAGUUCUGUGGAGGACUGAACAAACUCAGUCGGACAGGAGAGAUCAUUUUCUGACAUGGUGGACCCUGGUGCCACUGGAGCAGAUAAGUGGGGGCGGAGCCACAAUCCAAAACAGGAAAGAUACCUGUUACUAUUUUUUAAGGACCCGCCAGACGCCUCAUCCUGCCCAAUCACUAGAAUUUCACAGGGUGUUUGAGCAGGACUCUUCCAGGCCGAGUGUGUAGGUGUGUAGGAGUUCAAGGACCCAUUGUGAAGUUUUUACACAAUAUGCACACAAGAAGAUAUUUCCUUUUCUUCUAUCAUAGUCCUAGCUUUAGUUCAAACACAGUAGUCCCCUUCCCCCUUCUAUAUUUACUCCAACACUAACCUGCCCCUUGCUUGAUCUCCUCCUUCUACUCUCUCUCUUAACCUUUUCCUCACAACUCAAGCCUUGGUGAGAGUAUGAGAUAAAAUACCACAGAGAUGCAGCAUGGAGUGAGCUAGUGUGUGAUCUGCUCGUGUACACAAAGAUGUGUUGAAAAAGAGAAAAACACAGCUUCUGAUUGCAUCUUCUGAUUAUUUAAUUCUUGCUCAAACAGUUUUGUUUCUUGAUAGACUAGUUGUUUAUAUUUUGGUUUGUAAAACAUCAGAAAUAAUAGAAAAAGGCUCAUCACGUUUUUUUUCUCCAAGAACCCUUUUGUCCUAUAAUGUGCUCAAUAUCCAAAGACCCCCUCUAUUCAAAUGUUGAACAAGAGAACCCAGAAUCUUUGCAUUUUAGAAGAUAAAACAUCAAAUACUCAGCAUGUUCAAUUAUCAAUUAUGAAAAUGAAUCACUGAUUCAUUUUCUGUUCAUUGUCUAACAAGUAAACAGUGUAUAAGCUUAACAUAGUUUUCCAUUACUUUACCUUAUAUCCUGCCCUGAUAUCUAGAAGUAUAGUUGAGUUUCACAAAAGCUGACAAAGGAUUUCAUAUGUAAGUGCUUCAUUUAUAAUGGCACCCUUGCAUAAAUUGGUGCAGGCACAUUUUAUUAGAUAAUUAAUUCUACAAAAAUAACAAAUACAGUACAGAGCAUUACAGCAUCUUUUAAAAGUUAAGCAACAUGAGGAUUCUAUAUAUUUAACCAUGUGGCAUUUUGUAUGUUUAUUAAGACUAAUCUUUACAUACCUCAUAAUCUACAGUAAACUGCCACUGGAGCCACCACUUUUUCGAUCGUUCUUAAAUUACAGCCAAAUUAAACAUGGAUAUCUUUGUGGAAUUUGAGAAACUCCCGCCCUUAUAUACAUCCUACCCUGACAGAUGGAAAGAAAUACAUUUGCACUAAGAGCCUCUGAGUAAAUAAUUGUCUGACCUCGGCUUUCAUACUCUCUACCUCGCUUCUUUUCCUGACCCCAUCUUUUUGAACAUUCAGACUGCUAAGUUUCUCACUCACUCCCUCCACUUUCCUUUUCUCUGUCCUAGUAUUCUCAGGGUAGAGGUAGUUCAGAUGCAGGUGAGCGUGAUGAAGCAUGUGAUUAGAGGUAUACAGAUUUAGACUGCCCCCUGCUGUCUGAAGCCGGAGCUGGUUCGUCUCUCCUGAUGCGUAAAGACAUUAAGCUGUACGGGGUGAAGUUUAGACAGAUGCAGAUGUACAGAAGGGCUUAUUCAGGUGAUUUUAAGGUGUGUAAAACUUUGUAGAAAAAGGCAAAGAGUAUAUUUUAUUAACACAGCAGCAAUGAUGUGAGAACUACAAAGGGGAAUUUAUACAUUUUUGAAUGUCAACGUAUCUGCUGGAAAUGAUGGAUGAUGAGGAUGAUAGUGUUAUAGGAUGUUGAUUAUAAUGAUGAUGAUGAUUAUAAUGACGACUCUGGCUGAUGCAAAUGUUUAUAACAUUGGUCCGCCAGAAUGAAAGCAGGGAAUAAAAUGCUCACUUGCUGUAACAUGAUUGGAAAGUGAUGGAAUAAAACCACUUCCUGACUGA